AUGACUAAACAGCAACGUCAGGAGACCAGCAACCCCCAACCUGUAAAUUGUCACACCCCACUUUGUUGUGGGUGGGAAGAUAAUAAUAAUGAACAUUGGAGUGAAGGUUUAAGAUUUGUACAACUCAUGAAAAAUAGAGCUUUUCAUUCUGGAAUAAAGCGAACGCCUUAUGAGGCUCUUUUUGGUUUGCCAGAAGUUGAUAGAGGAUGUGGUGAUGCUCGAAAUAUUCUGGCCAUUGUCAUGAAUAUCACAGACGAUGGACUAGACCAGCUCGGUACUAAGCAAAGAGUUGUUAAAUCGCUUUAUUCUAGAUAUCAGUUUACAGUUUGCCAAAAAUAA